CAUACACACACCAACAGCAGCAGCAGCAGCCCGUCGUCCAAGGCGGGGGUGACGAAAGGACCGUGUCUCCCUCUCAACUGUGGCGUGAUCGGGGGCUGGUUUCCACCCGAGGGAGCGGAGGACCGUAUUGCUGCGCGUAAAUCUGCGGAGAGACGGUUCUACCCGCAGUGCCAGUGAGGUGUGGGUCGUCAGUCACAACGCCAAAAACAAGAUUUCGCAUUCUGCUGCUGCAGCUGCUGUUCACGUCUCAGGCAUAUAGGCUGCUUGCUCACCCUCGGAUCUGCGUGCUGCGCGGUGGGCAUUUUAAUAGCAGCUGGAUCGCACACGCCCUUGCCUGUUUAUUUUCGCACGGGAAUACUGGUGGUGAAGAUGUCCCAGUCGUAUAUUUUACUGGAUUGCAGACGUCUGCUGGGGCGUUAAUGCCAGACAAACACUGUCUUUGCUGCUGUGCGGCGCAGGAGUCUACUGAAAACCAGGCCGUCGUCAUUGGUGAUACAGCAGGAGCGCGUUGUCUAUGUGGUAUGAUUUUGCAUCUACAUCGUUUGACUAGCCACUUGAACUAGCAGGUGGAGUGAUCUGCCAUUUCGUUGUCCACAGGAUUGUAUGACAUCCAAGCGUAUUACAUGCGUAUUACCAUUCUAAUGAGUCCAUGCAUUGAGCCAUUGCUUUAAGCCUGCGUAAAAUGGGGAAUAGUUUUUCCAACAUCGCCGCAUUCCAGUCUCUGCACAUUGUGAUGCUAGGGCUGGACUCUGCGGGCAAAACGACUGUUCUGUAUAGACUCAAGUUCAAUGAAUUUGUCAACACUGUUCCCACCAUCGGCUUCAACACCGAGAAAAUCAAACUCAGCAAUGGCACCGCCAAAGGCAUCAGCUGUCACUUUUGGGAUGUCGGUGGCCAGGAGAAGUUGCGACCUCUGUGGAAAUCUUACAGUAGGUGUACGGAUGGUAUUAUCUAUGUAGUGGACUCUGUGGACGUUGACAGACUGGAAGAGGCGAAAACGGAGCUGCACAAAAUCACCAAAUUCGCCGAAAACCAGGGGACCCCUCUCUUGGUGAUUGCCAACAAGCAGGACUUGCCAAAAUCGCUUCCCGUCCCCGAGAUUGAGAAACAGCUGGCUCUUCAUGAGCUCAGCCCGUCCACCGCGUACCACGUCCAACCCGCAUGUGCCAUAAUUGGCGAGGGACUUCACGAGGGCAUGGACAAGUUGUAUGAAAUGAUUGUGAAACGGAGAAAAAGUUUGAAGCAAAAGAAGAAACGAUAAUGGAUAAAUGAAUGCGUUAUGAUAGCAAACAAAAAUAUACAUUUAAUACAGCUGCUUGAGUAUGCCAUGUUUCAAAAGAAAUGAAGAGAUUUCAUGUGUGCAGUGAUUUAAGUUGUUUAUUUUUUAUUAUUUCUAUUAUUAUUUCAACUGAUGAAAAACUUUUGUUAAUAAUUAUUGCUGAGUUUUCAGCGUGUUUCGCAAGCUAAGAGAAUGGAACUUACUUGUCCGCUACCUUAGUUUAGAAUGAUCAGGAAAGGCGACAAGCAUAGGCAUUCACAAUCAGAAGUUAAAACGGGCUGGAUCCUGUUCGUGGCUGCUUGACAAUGUCAAAAAAAAUGUAAAAUGUCAUAGAUGGUAUUACAAUGGUAACAGCUCUGAGGCACCCCUUGUAGAGACCAUGUUCCCUAAAGCAUUACCAAUGGCGACUGUUUCUUUCAGUGACUUAGUGUUUGUAUGUUUUAUUUGUGUUCAUUUCUAUCUUUAAGUGACAUGCCAAUGUUUUGAUUACUGUAAACACCCCCUCUCCACAAUGCACAUCAUGCCUACUGAUUGCUAAGUAGCUGGUUCUUUGACAUGGAAUGUGGUGUGAGUGAUUCAUAUCAUAUAGAUGUGAUAGCCUAUAGUGGGCCUUCACCUAGCAAUGACCUGGCUCAUCUCACAGCAACACCCAGUAGUUUUCCGGCAUAAUAAUAAUGUUACCAACAUUGUUGCAGGGAUUCAUGAAAUUGUUACAGUGUGACAGGCAUUUUGGAAUCUGCUUUGCCACCCUCCACGAGAUUACAAACCCCCCAGAAAUACGAAGUAAAGUAAAGUUUGGUGGAGAUGAGAGGGAGCUUCUCCAUGAAGUCCUGUUGCCUGCAUGUAAACUCCUGAGUGCCACAGCCUGGGUGACUGAGGAUCUUCACAGCCACUUGUAAGACAGGGCUGUCUCUCUGCAGGCCUAUUUCAAAUGAGACACAACACAGUUCCUCCUCUUAUAGGCCAGGGCCCUAAAUUAACUUUUUUUUUCCCAUCACUAGUCAAAAUGGCGAGUAGAUGUUCAUCUCAAUAGCCAAACACACACGCAUUUAUGGCUGAAUGUGGCUAUUGGUUGUCUUCUCUACCAGCCAAACUGAAAUUUCACCAGCGGUUGGCCAGUUGGUUGGUGUUAGUUUAGAGCCUUGCCGUAGUUAGGCUACAGUGAAGAGGAGGACAACUGGGUGUUGCUACCAGUAUCUCUGCCAGACCAGCUGCUGUCAGGGUUUGCCUUUAUGUUCUAUGACUGUAUAACAAUGUGCUCUCUGAAUGAAGUGAAUUCUCUGAAUGCUCUCUUAUGGUGACAAAGGUGGAGUUGGACAGCAACGGUUGCCAUGAUUACAUGUCAUGUAUGUCAUGCUUUAAGAUGGUCCUCUAAGUUGCAGGGAAAAAAACAUCUGAGCACUUCACAAAAUGAUUCCGCACACCUUAUGAUUUCAACUUGGACUGUUCAUGCACACUAAACCAAAAACGUGAAAAAAAAGAGGUCUUAACAUUUUUUUUAAUAUACUGUUUGCAAUUGUUUGCAGUUAGGUUGUAUGACACUGAAACUGCUCCAUAAGUGAAGACUGCACCUGGGUGUUGUCCCGAAUCAAUGUAGAUGCAAA